GUCCAUUCCUAUUUUGAGCCUUGUUUUCAUAGUCUUCAAGGCGGGUGAUGUCUUACUUAAGCUUAUGAGAAGUGCUAAUGAUUCUGAGGGACUCCAAACCUGGAGCAGAAGUCAUGCUUUGGAAUGUGCCAAAUUAUCCUAAGCAGUGCUCAAAGACACCUCCUUGGCUGCUUUCCCUGUGCAUUUUUAUGCUGACGUGCUUCAACUGCUCUCACAGCUGCAGAGGAAUCCAACAGAGGACCUGGGUGCUCUUACUGAAAUAAGCAAUACUCAUAAAGGAAAAGAAAUGUGAUUAUCUCCUUUUUGUAAGAUUUUUGUUAAUAGCCACAAGGUAGCUGAUUUCAGUGACGGUAAGCUAAUGGGCAGGCUUGUUGUUUUACCACGACUGAACUACUGCUGUGUUAAUAGUUCUGUUAUAAAAAAGGAGAGAGCUUUUCCCAACUGCCUGUUACUGUGACAACUGCAUUUAUCAGUACUUGGUGACACGCUUGGCUGUGUUAAAGGGAAGAAUGAUGCAUAUGGAAGUCAAUACUAUUUACCUGGAAGUUUCUAUUUCAGUUUUAACAGACUCUGCUUUGAAUUUGCAAAACUAGGUAGACCUCUCAGGAGCGUCUUAAAUUGUAUUUACGUGACUUAAAUCUCAGGUGAGUUCUAGAGCCUAGAGAGAGAGAGAGAGAGAGAGAGGGGUGUUUUUGCCGAAGAAUGCACUUUGGCCAUUGCAGGAAGACAUUGGAAGAUAAUUGCUAUUGCAUUGGGUAGAAUAGAUAAAUGAAAGUCAGUCUUCUUUCUCACUUGAAUUUAGUCAGCUUUCUUUAUGUAACAUAGUACCUCUAUUUUGUGGAUUAUCAAGGAAUACUUGGAUUUUUAGAAGCCUUAAAGCAUAAGUAGAUGGUCUCUGCCCAUGUACUUACCUUUAGUAAAGUCUUACGGAAAUAUAUCUUCAACAUUUUUAUCCCAUAACACAUUUAUGAAUUUGACUUUUACUCUUGCUUCCUUUUAAAGCAUUUAAAGUGUUUAUGCAUUGUGUGUACUGAGAUGGAUUAGCAGAGAGGACCAGCCAUGGUACUGUUUAGCAAGUGUUUGAAAAACUUUUGGACUUGGGCUGCGGGAUGAACUCGGGGACAGGCUCAUGAAUUCUCCUGCUAAGUCUUCAACAUGUCUGCUGUAUACAUUUUGAGAUACUGCAUGCAUUACAAUAUAUGCGUGUGAAUGUAUGUGUAUUGGUACAUUGGGCAGGCCUAUGAGAAACCUGUUCUGAUUACGUUUAAGAGAAUAAUUGCAACGUUGCAUACAUUGCUCAAAGAAAAAUGAUGAGCAAGUUGAUAGUGAGAAUCAGGUACUCUUGGCAGAGAGAUAUCCUAAAGAAUCUAUGAAGCAAUAUGCGUGUGCGAAGGUGACUUUCCCUUAUACAUAUCUCCUUGCAGUGUUUUGGACUGACAUAAACUUGGCAGGGAGGGAGCAGGAGUGCCUUUUAUUCUUGUGUGAACUUACUGUCUAGUGCUCUUGGAGAUGGAUUAAAUACACGAUUUUGUUAGAAUUGUAUACCAAAAGACAACUAACUAAGCAGAAAUUGUAACUUUUACAGAGUACUUUAUUAAGUUUGUUGAUAAGUCUAUGAACCCAGAAAGGAUAGUCUAGAAUUCUCAUGAGACUGGGACUGAUUUGAGCAUAGUCUUAGCUAUUAUUUUCUCUGCACUUUUCUAAACCUGGAUCCUACUUAAUUUUUAGGCUGUUUAAUAUAGUGAUUGUCUGCUUGUGGAUGUUGUUCUAUAUAUGAUUAUAAACUUGUAUUUUCAGAAUUGAGUAGACAGACAUUAGUACUUCAUGUAAUACCAGCUUUAAAAAAUUCCUGAAUUGCCAGAAUAAUGGAUAAUACUUAAUCCAGUGAUGUAAAUUUUGCCUGUUAAUGACAGAAAGCAAGAGAGAUUAGGGCAGGAAAACACAAGAACUCUGGAUACUUGCAUACCUAGACAAUAUUUUUCUUAAUUUGUUGUUUUUCAUUUUUCAGGUUAACUAAACGUGGGAAAUUUUAACUCUUACUUGUUAAGUGACAAGCAGAAAAAGUCUUAAUGAGAGGAAAUUACCCUACCAACCGCGAGUUCUAAUUAUAAACUCUGGAAUUUGUUUUUCUGACUGGAGUUUUUAAGGUUUCUUCUGAAGUUUUUGUGAUACUGAAAUGUUUUCAUGUGUUUAGCUACUGUUCUUUUUGUUAGCUCAAAUACUUGACUGACUUUUGUAUGUGAACAGCAGAUUAAGCAAUUAUAAGUUUUAACUGUAAAUAGCAUUUCCUUAAGGUAUGCAACUGCUAGAUGUUUUCUAGGGUAGAUUCCCCAUCUCACCCAUGGUAAGAAAUGUGAAGACAACCUUUUUUGUAGGCUUUCAACAAGGUGAAAACAUCUAAUUUUCUUUAAUGAAAGACAUUUUUAACUAGGUGAACAUUUUCACAGAACUGUGGAGCUAUAUCCAUGGUUAAAAAUGCUUUUUUUAGAAUUGCUAUGAAGAUUUUAAAGAUGUUAAUUUGCAUUAAAUUAAAAUGGAACUUUAUUUUUAUUUGUAUAAGAUUUCUGAAUAUUCUUUCUCCAGGAGUUGUUUUCCUGCUUAUAUGUGAAUGGAAUCCAGUGUCAUAAAAUGAAAAUGCUGCUAGAACUGUCCACAAAAGUGCCACGAAACUGAAAAGAUUAGGAUAGUGACUCCAAUGUCGUCUUAAAAAAGCUGCCAUCUGCUUCUAGUGAUUCUGAAAUGUUAAUGAGGGAGGCACAUGGUCCUUUGUGUUCAUGUGUUUCUCUUCUCCUGGCAUUGUCUCAUCUUUUUCAAGCUAUGGUACUAUGAGAAGACAAAGAAAACAUCUAAUGCAACAAAAGUUGGAAGCACCUGGUUGAGCUACUGAGGGAUACUGUAAAGACUCCAGAGAUUAGAGCAGAAUUAUUACCUCUGUGACAUGCCAGCAUGUUUGGCAACAUGCAAGCGGUUUCUGAUUCCUGAGAGCAUGAGUCCAACGCAAAUUGUAAACACCGCCCCUUCUCUAUGAUUCUCAUAGACUACAGAUAAAACAGAAGCUCAAUUUGCUGUGCCUGCUGGACUAAUGUAAGGCAGUCAACCACUGCAUGUUUGCUGUCUGCUGCAACUGACAAGAGGAUAUCAGUAAUAUGUCUGUUUGAGACUUGGAGAAAAGAAGGACCAACUGUUUGUUAGUGGAAGUGAUAUGUCCUGCAAAUAAAAGGCAAAAUGAGAUGAACUGAGCACCUGUGCAAACCGGAGCAGUGAUUGCAACAGCAUGCAGUUAUACGAUGUGUACCUGGCGCUGUACUGCACGGAUGUCAGCCUUAAAAUACCAACACCAAGGUCCUAAUUAAAACAUGCACGUUGUUUGGCAACCAGUAGCAUUUGAAAUCAAGGAUUCACAGGAUCAGGCUUUUCUCUCAGAUCUUGUCUCCUCUGCAUUCCAAGUGAACUGAUUGAUUACUUUUGGAUGAGAUUUGGACAUUGAUUGAAAGAGCAGAAGAAGAAGCAGAAGAAGAGUAGUAUCACCUUCUGAGGAAUGCACUAAAUGUGUACUCCAUGCUUUAACAACAAUGAUGCCAACCUAAAAUUGAUGAGCAGAUCUAUGAAGAAAAGCCUAGAAAAGAAUAGCACAGGGAACGCAGGCCCAUCUGGAAGGCUGUAAUGCCUCGUGUUUUCCAUCCUGGCUGCUGGUGCUGGUGAUACCAUCAGUGUGAAUUUCAGAUCAGCAGAUAUAAUUGAUGAUGGACUGAAAAUCAGCAUCUACAUAUCAAGACCCAGGAGCGAUACAUUAUGCAUCAAGUUCGCACCAAGGGAUGUUGAAAUAAUGCCUGAGACUGUUGGAGAGAAUGGGUGCAGUAUUACGUGACUGUCUCAAGUCUGUAGUAUUAGCCACUACUCAGACUGGGAACAGGAAUACAUCUCCUGGAUUCCUGAUCUCUGUUUAAGUCUCUGUGCCAGGAUGCCUUGCUACUAUGCUUUUAAAAGACAGAGAUAUUGAGGUCCAAAACAAAGACAAACUAUUGUUGCUCAAUAUCCUUAAAGAAAAGACAAAGAAAAUAGAGCACUUCAGUCAUACCAGCUUUUGGUCAACAGGAAACAUACACCCAGAUGAAGCUGUAUUAUGCCAGAUAUCCCAGACCUGCAGGAAAGCCUGUUGGAACCUGUUGCUCAGGAGCUGGCUGACGGAGGAAGGGAUGCCAGCCAUCUUGAAGUCAAAAGUCAAAGGAAAGGCAAAGUAUAACGUUCUGGUGCCCGUGGUCGGAAAGACCUGUCUGUACUUUUCCACUGUUCGUGUUAGCUGAGAUUAAAAACUAAUGAAAAAUUCUUUACAGCGGGAGUAUCAACACCAUGGUAAUCUGAUACUGAACUUUUCAGUUUGAAUUUGGUGAGUAAAACUGAAACUGGGGGAGUACCAUCUGCCCGCCGUGUCGCCUCCUAUAGGUGGGACGUGCUGGGCUGGGUGAGCCCUCACAGCCCCUUGUGCCACCACACAAAGCACCUCAUGACUGCCAAGGAGAGACACUGUGCGAGAUCACCAGGGCGUGCAGUAGACAUGCCUCUCUCUUAUCUGCAGGAGCUUUGAGGUUUUCGCCAAGGAUUUCAUGUGGUGUCUUUUGCUAACUGUGGAGUCCCAAAGAGCCCCACAUGCUCUGUGUGUCCCUUGGGAAGCCAGACUUCCACUGCGUCUCAAAGACUGCCACGUGCUCUUGUCCCGUUCCUCUGCUUUGUGAAUUGGAAACAGGAGGAACAACUCCUCGCCUAUGUUGUACCAUCAGUACAAUAAAGCAUUGACCUUGGUCCUCAGUCCUGACACUGGGUAGUUACCUACCUGCUGUUGGAGCACGGGUGGAACGGGCUGCAGGCAACAGAGCCACCUCGACUUACCUGCUGUGUGAGGAUUUCCUCCGGGUGUAAGCAGGAGCAUCUCAGGAGAGCUCGUGGCAGAGCAGCUUGCGAGGAUCUCUGGGUUUUUGCAAAGCAGUUCUGAGGAAACAAUGGCCAACUUCUACUUAUUGGCAACUUUUGGAUUAUGCUUGCUGAAGUUCUGCCUAACAGAGACACAAUUCAAUAUAACUUGCAGAUAUGGAGGAGUGUUUCAUGUGGAGAAAAAUGGUCGCUACAGUCUCACACGAGCUGAAGCAAUUGAGCUCUGUAGAGCUCUCAAUAGUACCUUGGCAACACUGGAGCAAUUUGAAAGAGCUCAUGCACUUGGAUUUGAAACGUGCAGGUAUGGUUUUAUAGUGGGGCAUAUUGUUAUCCCACGAAUCAAUCCAUAUCAUCUUUGUGCAGCAAAUCAUACAGGCAUUUACAAACUUUCAGCAAAUACAACUGGCCGGUAUGAUGCAUAUUGUUACAAUGCAACAGAAACGAGGAGCAAAGCAUGUGAGCCAAUUGAAAGAAUAGAUAUUACUUUCCUCAGUAAUCAGAGUGAAAUAGUUAUUGACAAUGAGGACGGCUCACGUUACAAUGCAGAUGGCACACGUCAUAGUGGAGACUCCUCAACCUCAGGUGUGGAUGAUGAAAAUUUAGGUAGUGGAUCGAUACAUGACACAACUCCAGGGGAUGCCUCUAUCAGGAGAUCAAGUCCUUCAUAUUAUGGAAGUGUUACUCCGUACUCACAUAUGCCAGAUCAUUCUUCUGGAGGAGGUGAAAAAGACUUUCCUGUGAAACACUAUGAUGAUGAAAUUUCCCCUACAUCAACUGAUAUCUUGGCAACAGCUGCUGAUUUCCCCAGAGAAGAUGAUGUGCAGCAUCCUGCAAGUACUAGGUCUACGUCCAAUAUAGACAGUGAUCAGGGACCACACAAGGGAGACGGUGAACCUACUUCUUCCCCUGGAUUGUCCACAACAACAACUGUAACGUCACAACCAGGGACAGCCCAUGUACCAGAAUGGCUGAUCAUCGUUGCUGCCCUCCUGGCACUGGCAUUGAUCCUUGCCGUGUGCAUCGCGGUUAACAGCCGGAGGAGAUGUGGGCAGAAGAAAAAGCUAGUCAUUAAUAAUGGCAAAGGUGCAGUGGAGGACAGGAAGACAAGAGAAUUAAACGGAGAUGCCAGCAAGUCACAAGAAAUGGUGCACUUGGUUCACAAAGAACAGUCAAAUGACCGAACAGGAGCAUGUGACGAAUUCCUCACCGUUGAUGAAACACAAAAUCAUCAGGAUGGUGACAUGAAGAGUGGAGUGUAGCGGUACGAAGUCACCAAAUAGAUCAGUGUUGGGAAAAUCAAAGUCACACGGACCUUGGGCAGGAGUUCACAGAUGCACUGUGCUACUGAUGUCUUUUGAACACGAUUAAGCUUAAAUUUUCUUCAUUUUUAAUUAUUUUGACAUGGUGUCCGAGUUACAAAAUUGACAUUUGCUUUCUGAAAUAAGCCCCAAGUGUUGCAGUCAGUUCCCAGUUCCUACACAGAGGGCACUUACAGUGUCCUGGGCAUGUGGCAUGUCAUUGUUCCCCAAAUGCGGUGCCUUCGCUGUGCGGAGAUACAGAAGCAUCCAGUUGCUCCAUCUUACAGGCAUUUAAGGUACUAAACUUGUUGUGGUACAACAGUAAGUGAGUAACAGAUGUCAAGAGCCAAAAUAAAAAAGGCUUAAAACAGAAGUGCCUGCUAUACAAUGCCUAACCCAGCAGAAUCCACCAGCAAUGCCUUCCAGCCAGGAAGAGCCGUAGGUGCAUUCAAAGUCUGCCAGUAAAAGCAAAAAGUGACAUUUUGUAAUGAUUGAUGACUUGGUCUGUAACAAGAGAAACCCAGAAGGACAAAGUUUAUUUAUCUAUAUUUUAAAAUGUCUGUGGGCAUACAGCAGGAUUUUUUGGGAGGGGGAACAAAGGGAGGAAAACAUGAGCUGAUACAUAAUAAACUUCUAUUCUUUGUUGACUUAACAAUCUGUACAUAUAUCCUUGAGUUUCCCAGGUGUCCGUUGCUCUUUCCCCUCCCUCCUUCACGGAUCACAGUUUGUGUAUGUUUUUUAAGGAGUCAGUUAGUAUAAAAUUAAGAAAGCAGUACGACCCCAGCUCUAUUGUGCAUGCACAAAUCAAGCAAUUGGAAGUCAUCAGAGAUGAUGACAGCAUUUUUAUUCCUGAAGAAUAGGUCUUUCUCUUCCCCUGCUCCAUUUUACUUAGGAGAUGCUGAGCCCAAAGCUUGUUUCUCCCACGACUGUUGUACUGCACCAGUUUGCCAAUAUUUAGAACGUUACUUUUGUUUGAUCUUGCUCACUUCUGAUUUCUGCUUCAUCCACUUUUUACUUCUUCUAGUCAAAAAUGCCAAAAGAAAAACUGCUUAUUGGUAAGAGAAGUUGAAAUUUUACAGAAAGGAUCAAUGAAAUUUUAAGGAAACUCUCCCAGUAAUGUAAUGUAGUAAAAUAGCUGCAGCUGCACUGUCAUACACUUCUGUUUUGUCCUUCUGUGUCUGUUAUGUGAAGUAUUUGUAUUAAGCUAUGAUGCUGUGCAUUAUAUUGAUAUGAACUGCCAGAAAGAAAAUUAUUUACUACCAGUGACCUGUGCCAUUUUUAAGAAAGCGUAUUGGAGCGGAGAAUAACUUCUAAUUGGGCUGCCUCAGAAAAAUGCAAGUAAAACCAACCAGAAGUAACUGCAAGCAGCGAGGUCUGUGUUGGCUUGGAUAGGGAACGUUUGGUAAGAGAUGUUCAGAGGUACCUACCUGCUCCCUGACCACAGCACCUGCACAGGAAAUGUUCUGCUAACGCCUGUUACUUUAUGCUCUCCAUCUGAAGCAGUAUAGAGGAUGGGCUUUCAGCCGGCUACAUACUAACAUUAACUAGCACUGGUCUUUACUGGAACACCAAGCACAACGAAAAUCGUAAUUGUGGUUCUCAGUUUACAGCCCUUCAGCAGUUUCCCAAGUUGCUCAGAGCCCUGGUAUCUGCAGGCAGAUCUCCUCAGGGAAAAUGUGCACCUGGGCAAAAGGUCCCAAGAUGAGGUGUGAUUUCAGUGUACAUAUAGGAUGCAUUCUGACUCUGUGUAUGUCUCAUCUAUGAGCAGUCUGAGGGUGUUCAAAGAAGCUGAAGCCAAUAAGGACAAGGUACCGUACACUGUCAGUACAUAGGGCCCAUUGUCAAACCUCUCAGCCCAACCAUAAGCACGUAUUUCAAUACUGAGCUGUGCUGUGCAAAGUCUGUUGAUGGUCUGCAUUGGUUUUUGUUUAAUUCCUGUAAGGUUUAAGGGAAGCUUUUCUAUUUGUCAUUAUGAAUGAAAAUGAUCUAUCGAAGGCUGUGUUUAAACUGGUGUUACAUACACAUUUCUCUAGGUGUGGAGAUCCAGAAUAAGAAUUUUGCCUCUUCUUAAAUCUUAAUUUAAUAUAAGCCUCAAUCAGAGGAGAUAAUUCACCGUCUUGAUGGGUGAAUGUUCUUAAAAAAAUAAAAAUAAGAAGGGCCAUGUGAUAUUACUCAUCUUUUUAUGGAGAUGUUGAGAAAAUGGAGAAAUCCACCAAAUCCUUCUAAUUUAUCUAAUGCUCAGUACCUAUAGAAGUAUGGCUCAUACUUGUUGGCUUCUUUUUAUAUCUGUUACAGGGAGAUGCUCAGUUUCUCUUUAAAAAGGCAGUGCCAUUAUUUUAUAUAUGCUGCUUCUGUUUAGGUUAUGUUGUGCAAAUGAUGCGUAAUUAAGUUUCAUUGUAGUUUCAAAACUAGACGGCCAUUUCAUACAUGUAAAAUAGUGCAUAUUUUUAUUAAUCUUGGUUUUAUUUCAGGGGUUGUUUGUUGUGUAUGUAUUUUUUAUAUAGAGCACUAGAUAUAUUUGCAUAUUUAUUUAACAGAUUAAUCAAAGUUAAAGAAAAUAUCAUCUCUAAAUUGUAAUUAGAAAAGGCGUUGCCAAAAAAUGCCACAUGGAACUGUAAAAUAAGCUUCCAAAAAUAAACUUGGUUCCACGUUGAGGGUAAGGAAUGAGGUCAGUGUUUGUAGUGGGAGAGGAGAAGCAUUUGGCAGAGCGGUCAUACAGAGCCGCAGUCAGAUCUCCUGCUUGCAGAACCGACUGAAGGCUGCGGGACCUCUCAUGCUCCACCAGCCUCCAGUGGGCCCCCAUCUCCAUGGGGUUAGGGACAAGCUCAGCUCCCUUGGAGCACAAAUCUUGGUCCAAGUUAAGGUCCACGCAGUAAGAUGGAAAUAAUGUUUAAAAGAGUAUAUUUAAAAGACAGGUGAUAUUUUUACAAGAAUGUAAUAUUUUCAUUGAACAAUCCUGGGUGAUGGUUUCACCUGUAUUUUCCUGAAGAUUCUGAAAGGAAUGUUUGAUUAAAGCAGAGAAAGGAUGUACA